CAACCCAGCUCCCCCAAACAUGGUACUUUCUUCUUCUUGACUUUGGAGAAAGUCCGGAACUCUGAAGAAUUUUGAAGCUGAGUUCCUCUGCACUUCCCAAAAGAAGUCUCAGAACUACAGCUCCAAUAAAGACAUCCGAAUAUACAUCCAAGAGUCACAGACUGAGAAACAGCUCUACAAGCUCCCAGCCCCGACACCAUGAAAGAUUUUCUAUGGCUAUUCAUUGUUAUUGCAAUAGUAAUGGUGUUCCCAAUCUGCUUUUUCAUUAGAGAAAAUCCCUUUGAUACUACAAGUUUUCUAUCUUUGGAGGAAAACAAGAUGGUAGCUUGGCAGAGAGCCCAGAUGCAGAUCAACCCCGGUAGAACAAACCACUUGGAAACCUUCAAAAAUAUGCAGAAAAAGUUAGAACUGCUCAAAAACAUAAACGCCCAAAUCUUGAUUGGAGUUCCUCCUUUGAAAAAAAAACUGCUGACCAUAGGGAUUUCCUCAGUUCAACAUUCCAGUGGGAGCUACCUCUUGGACACCCUGCAAUCUCUCUUCAUUGCUUCCUCCUCAUCUGAGCGGAAACACUUCAUUGUCUUGGUACACCUGGCAGAUCCUGACCCCAAGUGGCUUGGUCAAAUGAUCUCCAACAUCUCAACCCUGUUUAAACCAUAUAUCCAGGCCAGACAGCUAGUAGUGAUCAAUACACCUCUUAAAAACUAUCUUCUUUUAAAGGACCUUAAGAAAAACUUUCAUGACACCCCAGCCUAUGUAGCCUUCCACUUCAAGCAGAACAUGGAUUAUGCCUUCCUCAUGAACUUUGCAACCAACCUCUCUGACUAUUUUCUGAUGAUCGAAGAUGAUGUGACAUGUGCUCCAGGAUUUGUCACCCAGAUAGCUACUGCAGUGUCUGCCUGGAGAAACAAACCUUGGCUGACUCUAAACUUCUCUCAGCUGGGCUUCACUGGAAAACUCUUUCGUACUAGAGACCUUCCCUGCUUGGUUCACUUCCUUUUCCUCUUCUACCAAAAAAUGCCCUGUGACUACAUCCUCACUCAUUUUCAUGACCUUCUCAUGGAACCAGCACCAAUCCAAUUCUUCCCUUCUCUUUUCCAGCACAUGGGUAAUUACUCCUUCUUUGACAGCAAAUUCAAUAGCCUCAAAGAUAAAGAGAUUGAGGAAAAUGACCCUGGUUCUCCCAGCAACCCUGCUGCUUCCAUCUACACCAGCUUGAAGGUUGCCAAUGACUCUGCUCUCAUGAAUGCCUAUAGCUUGGAUAAGAAUUUCUUUUAUACCAAAUCAGCGGAGGCUGGCAGUCAUCUGACUGUGGUUUUGGAUGUACCUGCCAAAGUGUUCCAAGUUCAAGUGCUGACUGGCUCUCACCUAAAAGGCAAGAAUCAGCUGGAAGAGGGACAAGUAGAACUGGGCUAUGAUGCUACUAAUAGGGUCAAUGAUUGUGAUGACUAUAUUCUACUGGGGCUACUAGAAAAUGGCACCCUGAAUAAGCAGGUAUUAUCUGAUGAGUCUGGGAAGAAGGUAAAAUGUGUGAGAUUGCUUGUGACAGCCACUCCACCCUCUGGAAUAAUAGUCAGGCACAUCAACCUAUGGAUUAAGUGAAGUUUAAUAAUAUUGAAGAAGCCAUUGGGAGUUCUGGGAGGGAUUGAGUCAGAGUUUAGAAUGUAUAGAGAUUUAAAAAAAUUAAAGUCUUGAAAUUGGU